AUGGAAACCAACAGUACCAUCCAAUUACCCCAAAUUAAUGAGAAAAAUGAAACGAAGGCAACAUAUGAACAAAUUGAAAAGGAUAGGGUUCAACUAGUCUCAAAAAUAGAAGAAUUAUAUCAAGAUGUUGUCGAACACAAACUUGUAUUGGAAGCCUUAGAAAAUGUUCCUUCUGAUAGAAGAUGCUAUAGGAUGGUUGGUGAAAUAUUAGUAGAAAGGACAGUGGGUGAAAUUAAACCGGCUUUGGUAGAUCAUAAAAACAAGGUGGAACAAAUUAUAGCUGAAUGCCAAAAAAAAUUAGACGAAAAAAACUCGGAACUUACCAAAUUUAUCAAAAACGCAAAAACUCCUAUAUCACCAAGUGAUACUAUUUCGAAGAAACCUUAA